UUUUGUUAGACUUUUGUGGCUCUAUAAGCUGUAAUAAACUGAAAAAAAUUGCGAGGAAUGGUUAACGUUACAAAACAUGUGCUUAAUCCCUGUAUAGUGAUGUGUUGUGUACGGUGAAGGGCUAACAUUAGCCAAAAAUGUUUACAGUACAGCAAAUUCUGGGCAUCCAAACAAAGAAACAGUGACUGCUUUCGAAGAUUUUUUUUCUCUCUGGUUCGCGACGACAUCCCGUGCGAACGGUUGUGCAUUGUUGAUGAACAACGGUGAUCUAUUCACUAUUAGAGAUUCCGGCUGUAUCUCUAAUGGCGCAGUCUUUCAGCUGGUAUCACCACAAUCACCUAGGGCCAACAAAAACGGAGGACCAACUAAAGGCCAAAUCGGUUCCCUUGUGUUCAGUGAAUGACGUUCAGCUGCGGUUUCUCUGCCCGGAUGAUUUGGAGGAGGUGCGAACCCUCUGCCAGGACUGGUUCCCGAUCGACUAUCCGUUGUCGUGGUAUGAAGACAUUACAUCCAGUACCCGAUUCUUUGCGUUGGCCGCGGUGUACAAUUUUACAAUUAUCGGCUUGAUAGUGGCGGAGAUUAAGCUCUACUCUAAGCUGAAUAAAGAGGAUCGCGGUAUAUUGUCGGAGUCGAUGGGCCGCGAGGCGGAAAUUGGUUAUAUUCUUUCUCUCGGUGUGCAUCGUAAGUACCGCCAGAAUGGUAUAGGAUCACUGUUGUUGGACUCUCUCAUAAAUCAUUUGACGACUGCCGAGCGGCAUAAUGUGAAGGCAAUAUUCCUCCAUGUUCUUACGACGAAUCAAACCGCCAUACUCUUUUACGAACGAAGAGGAUUCAUACUACACUCGUUUCUGCCUUACUACUACUCGAUUCGGGGGAAAUGCAAAGAUGGUUUCACCUACGUGUCCUACAUCAACGGAGGACACUCACCGUGGACGUUAUAUGAUCAUUUGAAAUAUUGGUGCUCCCUGGUGGUUACUGCUGGAGGUCUUUGCUCAUGGAUCAGCGGCCGACUAAGGAGUGCGAUUCGAUGGGUCUGCUAUCGAACGAUAUCUAGGUUUACGUAUUCGCAAGACAACUGAAUGAGCGAGAGUAAAAUAAAAAAAAAUGAUUCGUUUUUGUGCUAUCUUGGGAUUUUCUAAUUUUGCGACACACUCGGGCAUUUUUUGCAAAAUUAUCGUACAGGAUUGAGCUGAAGGGUCUCAAAUGUCAUGAAAUUGUAUACACUCACAGUUGAAGACUUAGGAACGAUAACAAUAUUGCAAAAUUCAAUUUGUCUAGAAAACUCCAAAGGAUUUUUUGAUUUUCUCGGUUAUUACUUAUUUCGAAUAUCCAUAACUCCUAAACUUGUUGAAGAUGGAACCAAAUUUUCUCAGUAAUCCAGAAAAUAUAUCUUAAAAAGGUUUUUACAAAAAUUUUCACGGCUGCGGUUUCACGGCAAAUUUUGAAAACUAUGGUUGAACGUUGAAAAACUACUGUUUAAGAUUCAAAGAUUGAGAGAUUAAAAUUGAUAAGUAAGAUUAACAUUUUAAAAGUAUUCCACCUUGCAUUUUCUACUGUUCUUGGGGAUUUCUCGUCACCACAGAAAAUUUUGUAAGAAACUAUUCCCAAAUCAUAUUUUUUCUGGAUUGAUUACAAAAUGAAGAUAUAUUUUUAUACAAAAUCUUUAUUCU